ACAUAUAACCCGCUGGCCCCGGCGUCCUCGAUCGAUCGGUGCACGGAGCGGAACGGCAGCUCCUUUUCGUCGUCACCUUGUUGUCUUGACUGACUCUCGGUGCCCCUCUGCCACUGUGCCGUACGGGUACUAGCUGCUUACGAUGGGCUUUCUCGGGGCUGGCAUGGCCAUGGCGACGGCGGCGACGGAGGAGGACACGACGCGGCUGUGCGACCUCCCGGAGGCGUGCGUGGCGCACGUGCUCGCGCUCACCUCCCCGAGGGACGCGUGCCGCUGCGCCGCCGUGUCGCCCUGCUUCCGCGACGCCGCCGAGUCCGACGUCGUCUGGGCGCGCUUCCUCCCACCGGACUACCGCGCCAUCCUCCAGCUGCACGAGGCGCCGGCGCGGCGCUUCCCCCUCUCGCGCUCCGGCUCCACGGCGGGGGCGGUGUCGGCGGCGUCGAGCAAGAAGGAGGCCUUCCUCGGGCUCACCGACGCGGCCGUGCUGGCGGACGGCGGCAGCAUGGCGGUGUGGCUGGCCAGGGGGAGCGGGGCCAAGUGCGUGGCGCUGUCGGCGAGGAGGCUCAGCUUGCCGUGGGAGGACGGCGAGUUGAGCUGGACGUGGACGCCCCACCCGCUCUCCAGGUUCACGGACGUGGCCCAGCUGGUGGAAUGCACGUGCCUGGACAUCUACGGCCGGCUCCCCACCGCGGCGCUGACGCCGGCCACCGCCUACGCAGUGUACCUCGUCUUCGCCACCACGGACGCCCACCGCGGCCUGAGCUUCCCGGACCAGGAGACAACGGUUAGCGUGGGUGGCAGUGCCCCGUCCCGCUAUACCGUGUGCCUUCGCCCCGACACCGCCGAGGCACGCAAGUUCAGAGGCGGCAAAGGUACGAAUGGUGGCGUCAACGUGAAGGGGCCGGUGCUACGCGGUGACGGGUGGUGGGAGAUGGAAAUGGGGCGGCUGCGCACCGGCAACGAGGCAGUGGCGGCAGAGGAGGUGGCGGUGAGCUUUGAGAUGCUGGGGUGGUACCACAAGCACGGGCUCGUCGUGGAAGGUGUGGAGUUCAGACCCCUAUGAUCAAUCGAUACCGGGGAUGACCUUGAGUUAAUACGACGUGUACAUUAUUUGUGCUAUGGGUUCAUCUCGUCGAUGGGCUAGCAUGCGGUGUGUGUGUAGCUUGUGAAUAGUAAUUUAGACAACUUGGUUCCAGUUUUCAGUAUCUUAAUUAGUGAUAUUGGAGACUAA